GUGAAUAUAUAUUCGUGUGUUCAUACAUUCAUUUCCGUAAUUGUGUUGUCAUCACAUCGUUGUCGAUGCUAUAUUAUAGUUUAAUAACACAUGCAUCAGAUGCAGAGAUGAAUAUUCCUUCGAUGAAUAUUCAUUCUGACGUUUCAUUUUAAGCUUUCAUCGAUUUUGCGUUACAUCUACUCAAGCCUUUCGUUAAGAAUAUUAACGAAGAAUGAUUUUAGUGAAAACUCUUGAAUUUAGGGUUGCUCCGCGUUCCGUUACGUGCUUUGCAUGAUAAAUCUCGUUGAAAGUGAGCUCGCUCCUAUCGAAAGUAGGUUCGAUUCGAAAUGCGAACUAUCGCAAUGUAAUUAUAUUCAUCGUGAAAUGUUCGUUCUUUCCCUCUUUCUUUUUCCUUUUGUUAUAAAUAAUUUAUUUAAUAAAUAAAUAUCGCGUGAUAAGAAAUUCAUUGAUAUUCGUAUCCGUCUAAUUUGUUGUACGUAUUACGUACGUACAUAUAUACGUGUAUAAAAAGAAAGUAAUACGAACGGCAAACUAUUACGCAUUUUCAUUUUUCGUUUUAUUGUCACGCAAUUUAGCCACCCCUUUGUCGCGAUACAGAGCAUAAUCAAUAACUGCUGAGUGUGGAAUCGAUGUACGUGAUAAAAGAAAGGUGUUAAGUAAACAACGAUAUAAUUGUGUCUCAGUUUGAAAAAUCAUAUAAAUAAAAUGAAUUAUUAUAUUCUCCUAAUUACAUUCAUACAUUAUUACGGGACGAGUUAAUACAUUUUCUUUUCAAUUAAAAUCAAAAGGAACGUAUUAACAUGUUCUUCCUGGUUAUUAUCUUCGAGGUGAAAGAAAAGUUGUAACCGGAAGAGUUAAUCGUCACGUAUAUACAUACACAUAUAUAUAUUAUAAAUAUAUACAUAUCUGACCCUGACAAAAUCAUACGUCAAAUAUAUUAUCGAAUCUUUACUGUGACUCAUUUAGCAUAUGAAAUGUGAGGUACCGAGAAUUUUCUGCAAUUUUAUUUGCAAUACUCGUUAACAUUAUCGUGACCUUCGUCUGGGACAAUACUUUUGCUACAUAUGUUUGUUUGUUUGUCCAUUCGUUCACAGUAAGAGAACCCUCAGUUGCAGGAUCGAAGUCUUCCGAGUGUGACGUAAAGAGGCUGAAAAAAAGAAAUUAUUAAACAAAUAAAUACAGAGCUCUUCGUUAUUCGAUAACUCGAUGAAUACGAUGACAAUUUUUCGAAAAACCAGGAGGUGUCCUUAAAGAUAUUAUUAAACAAGACUCUGUGAAACAAAACAUUUAAAAAGUGUCUUUUAACAUGAUAAAGAGAGGCCAGAACUUCUUAUCAACGAAAAGUGAACUGUCUCGAGCUCGAAUCAAUAACAACACGGCUUCCCGCCAGCUGAAAGCUUCCAAAGUCUGACCGAAUUACAACAACCCAUUGACCAUUAUCGUCCCAGCAGGACGACAGAACCAUCAACGAAAGGACGAUAGAUAUUAUGAUGAUAACUUGUUGGGUCCUAGCCGGUAUCCUCGGUGCCGUCAUACUCCUUCAUCUUCUCGUCGAGAUUCAUUAUUUCCUACGUAUGUUCUUUACGGUUUUCCUUGCGAGAUUCUGUAAAAAGAGAAUUCAUAUACUUGAUGAAGCAUCGGUCUAUGGUAUUUGUACUACGACCGAUGUAGACACUCUUCUCUACCACAUGAACAAUGCGAGAUACCUACGGGAACUGGACUUUGCUCGGGCCGAUUUUUACGAGCGAACUGGUCUCUAUCGUGAGAUUUGCUCCCAAGGAUCUGGUGUCGUUCAAGGAGCAGCAACGAUACGUUAUCGACGGUUUCUCAAACCUCUAACUAUUUACAAGAUAACUUCGAAGAUCAUUUAUUGGGACGAAAAAACGAUUUUUAUGGAACACCGUUUUGUCACGCCAAGCGAUGGAUUUAUUCGAGCUAUAGCUAUCUGCAGGCAAAGACUUUUAGACUGCAGUGCAGAAACGGUUAUGGGUACUCUCGUUGAUCGAGGUGUUAAACAAAAUGGUAACGUCGAAUCGGGUGUUACACAGAUAACUCACGUGAGGCCAGAGAUACCACCAGAAGUAGCAAGAUGGUUGGAAAGUAAUGAAAUUUCUUCUGCGAUUCUUCGACAAUCAAUUAUACCUACAGUAAAUACCACAACAACAGCAAUGACGACGACGACGACGACGACGACGACGACGGCAACCACGACGACGACAACACCUUCGAAUUGCUGACAAGACGAGACCGCGACGAAUGGCGUCGCAGAAACUACGAUCUACGUAACCACUACCGUUUAAAUGUACGGUACGCGAGAACAAGAAAAGCGCCGUGUUUAUAUGUACCUUCAUUCAGGACGUUUCCAAGUGAACUGAUCAUGAACUAAUCACUUUGUUUGUUGAUAAUUCGGAGAAGUAUCUGAGAUUCUUCCUAUGUUUAUAUAUGUGUGUAUGUAUAUAUACACAUCUUUCUCAUACGACUCUUUGCUCCACGUAAAUAUAUUAUAUUCAAUAUCUAUUAAUGUAUAUGUAUAUGUAGACAAAAAUAACAACACGGUGCUUUCACGAUGAUUGCUCAGGGCUAUUAUUCGAUGACCGAGAAUAAAUAUUUACACGUAGGCAUUUAACAAUAAGAUUUAUUCUUAUCGUCGCUUCGAGUUUAAAAAAUAAAAAAAUGGGGAUACGCUUCAUGAUGUGAAUUAGCAAGAAAAAGAACAACUAGUUCUAUAAACAAAAGAACGAAGCACGAUACGAGAAAUUGCGUGCAACUAAUAUAUAAUACGUAUGUAUGUAUGUAUAUUGUAUGUAUGUUUCUCCUAGAAACCUAAACUAUAAAAAUUAUUAGAUACUUUUACUCUGAGUAUAUACAGGGUAUUAAACUUGACUUGACUACGCAAAGUAUGUCGAGUCAAAAAUUUUAUCGAGAAACAAACAAGUUAACGAUAUUCUCUUUCUUUUAUGAAUCAACGUACUUUUAUUAUCAAUUUUAACUUAUAAAAAAAAGUUUAAUUGUUGCUUUCUCUAAAUGAAAUAAUAUCUUACCAGAAUAUUAUUUCGCAUCAUUAAAAUCAAUUACUUAAGUUAUAUCAAAUAUUCUGUACAUAUACGUAAAUGUAAUGACCUUAGAAAAGAUGAAACAUCCGUAUAUGAGCUGAUGAUUAUGAAAGUGGCCUAAGUCAUACACACAGACACAUAUGUUUUUUAAUGGUUACACAUUACUAUAAUAUAGAUCGACAGAAUAAAUGAUAAAUUCAAUUGUCCCAAA